AUAUGUUUUACUCUGGCAUUUUGAGCUAAUGCAGCGCUACUUCUGCUUUAACAACACGCUCACUAGGACCGACGCCAUCUCGGAAUAAGGGACGUCUAUAGGGUGUUUUUAGAAGCAGAAAAUAUUCAAAUACCACAAGCUGACUUUCAGAAAUUUCUGGGGAACUAUAACGUUUUAUUCGUUUAGUAAUUCUUUCUGCGUCAGCGGAUAAGAAAGUGUAUCGUCCGCCCUCGAAGAAGUAGCUCAACGCUAGCUAACUGUUAGCUUGUGACGUAGUUAGCUAAACUAGCUAAUUUAGCCGCGGAGGAAUUUCACAGCCUGUUUAUGUUUUCGCCAGUUCGAAAAAAUGUUGGACGGAUCUCCGGCUCACGGUGAUGAAACAAACAUCGGUAAUGUCGAAAACAACAACCCGAUAUCGUUGAUAAGCAGCGAUGGGGUGAACAAGACGAGACAGGCGCUGCUGAAGAAAGGAGGGAGGAAGCUGCGGUCGACAGCGCCGCUGCAUCACCAGAAACCUCCGAGAAACUGCCCCAACAUCCGGCUCUCCGACCACAACAACAACAACACUUUAUCUGCUAACAAACCCGCUGCUCAGCCCGGUACCGAGCUGCCUCUCGGUACACAGGCCGUGCUGACCCUCCAUCAUCUCAACCAGGGACCCAAGACAGAGCUGAAAUCGAAAGGCGGCAGGUCGGAGCAAGGAGCCGCGCAGCCAGGUGGCCAACCCGGCCGCAGCCAGCCCCGAAUCGCCCAGAGCAUGAUCACACGGAGCCACAAGCCCAAGCAGGGCCAAACCCCCGGAGCCUCUCGCUCCGCCAAGAGGAAAGAGACGGGCAGCCCGAACAAGCCCCAUCUUCGCCACCAGCCUCCGCCCCGAGAGCACAAGCAACCCCUCCACGCCUCCGACACUGUGACGGCCGCGAGCACGCCGCCCGCCGAAGCCGCGCCCGAAUACCUCAAAGACGGCGAGAAGGUUUACGCCGGAGCCAAGUUCAGCGAGCCGCCGUCGCCGAGCGUCUUGCCCAAACCGCCCAGUCACUGGGUCGGAGAAAACGAGCCUCAGCAGAGCGACCGAAGCCGAGAGCAAAUGACUGUUCAUCUCAAGUCGCUGCUGAAGGUUCAGGAUAAGUCAUGACCACGUCUGCUAUCGGAUCCACGCUGAAUGCCAACGAUUGGAAAAUAGGCAUUCGUGUAAAAUUUGAGUUUGGCCUUUAACACACUGAAAUACAAUGUAGGGAGUUUUUAUUAACUGUAGUACAAUUUCUCGUGAUUCAACAUGCCGCCUGCAUUUGUAAACAUUUUGAGGACCGCGUUGUUGCUGGAGAUCUGACUAACCAAAUAUUUUCUGCCUUCUUGUCGGCAGAGUAAAAGAGAAAAUAAUGUUUGGGAUUGAAUUUGUGUAGUAGGAAGUCAAAGUCGUCUCCAGUGGCAACGCGAUCAGCGCCUAAUGGUUACAUUGUGCAAAGUGAUGACUGCACUUUUUUUAACGCUAUUGAAAAGGCAGGUUUUUUUUUUUCUUUUUUUUUCAAGAGCUUGUGCAAAUGUACAUAAUAUAUUGUAAACAUACAUGUGUGUGUAUAUUUCUCCUUGUUAUUUUUAACUGAGAUUCUAGUUUUGUUACUGAGGUUUUUUCCAAAAAAAAAAAAAAAAACUGAAAAAAGAAAGAG